AUGAAAGAAGCUCAUAUCGAUACCAAUACUAAUGUCACACUUCAUGAUGUACCCAUACCAGAACUGACUGAUCCACACCACAUCCUUAUUAAAGUCGUCGUCGCAGGAUGUAAUCCAAAGGAUUGGAAGAUGCCUGCUGGACUGCUCGUCACAAUCGGUUUAUGUCCCAACAGCGGCGAUGAUGUAGCAGGUAUCGUCGCUGCGGUUGGCUCUGCCGUCCGCGAGUUCCGACCUGGUGAUCGUGUCGCCGCAUUACACCAACUUGGUGCCCCGCAUGGAGCCUACGCUGAAAUGGCUCUUGUCUGGGAUCAUACGACAUUUCAUAUCGGCGACCGUCCGUUCGAAGAAGCCGCUGCAAUGCCGAUGGCAUAUUACAUGGCAUCUAUUGGCCUUUUCGGGAUGUUAAGAUUGCCGAUGAUGUGGCAGCGUCCUCACGGUGAGGAGAAACCGAUGCCGCUGGUCAUAUACGGCGCUUCGGGAGCUGUGGGUUCUGCUGCGGUGCAGCUCGCCGUAAAUACUCGCUUCCAUCCUCUUGUUUGCGUUGCUGGAGGGUCCGGAGCAUCUGUGGUGGAGCCGCUCAUCGACAGCAGCAAGGGUGAUGUGGUCCUGGACUACCGAGAGGGAUCCGAAAAACUCGUUGAGAACAUGAAAGCUGCGAUCGACGAGCAUGAACUAAAUCACGCCAAGGAGGACAGAUAA